AUGCCCUGCGUCACGGGGCCCACCGUCCGCUGCAGCAGCGCCGCGUACUGCGCACGGGCCGAGGACCACCGCUCCUCGGCGAAUCCCGCGGGAAAGAGGCUGGGCCGCGGCGGAAGCAGCGGGCGCGUGUCCAGGCGCUGGCACCCCGGCAACGGUGAGGCGGCGGAGCGCGCCGUCGACGGCUGCUUGCGGUUGCUGCUGCUGCGGUUGCUGCUGCUGCGGUUGCUGCUGCUGCGGUUGCUGCUGCUGCGGCGCGGCCUCCCCUCCGUCAUGCCGCGCCGUGAAGCGAAAGACGGCCAAGUUGAGCAGCGUGAGCAGCAGCAGCAGAAACAGCCGCCUGUUCACGGGUCGCCUCCAGCGGCCUACGUUGCGUCGCAUUCGUGA